AUGGCCACGGUGCGGGAGAAGGCGGCGGCACUGAACCUGAACCUCUCCGCUCUCCCCAGCCCGGCGCAGAGGCCGCCCGGUUUCAGUGUGGCCCAGAAACCAUUUGGAGCCACAUAUGUAUGGAGUAGCAUUAUAAACACUCUUCAAACACAAGUGGAGGUGAAAAAACGAAGGCACCAUUUAAAAAGACACAAUGACUGCUUUGUUGGUUCAGAAGCUGUCGAUGUCAUUUUUUCUCACCUAAUUCAGAAUAAAUAUUUUGGUGAUGUAGAUAUUCCUCGGGCCAAAGUAGUAAGAGUGUGUCAAGCACUUAUGGACUACAAAGUAUUUGAAGCAGUUCCAACCAAAGUCUUUAGAAAAGACAAAAAACCUACGUUUGAAGAUAGUAGCUGCAGCCUUUAUAGAUUCACAACAAUACCCAAAGAAGACGGUCAAUUUGGCAAAGAGAAUAAACUACAUUCAUCUUCUAGGUAUACAGAUGCAUUAUUUAAAUCAUCUGAUAUUAAAUCAGCAAGUUUAGAGGACCUGUGGGAAAAUCUGAGUUUAAAGCCUGCUAACUCCCCUCGUGUAAAUAUCUCUGCAGCUUUGUCUCCACAAGUUAUUAAUGAAGUUUGGCAAGAAGAAACAAUUGCACGUCUACUGCAACUUGUAGACCUUCCACUUCUUGAAUCCUUACUCAAACAGCAAGAGGUUGUACCUAAAGUUUCUCAACCUAAGAGGCAGCCUGACUUGGUCAACAAUAGUAACUACCUGGAUCGAGGGAUUCUCAAGGCUUAUGGUGACUCUCAGGAAGAUGAGUGGCUGUCUGCAGCAACUGACUGCUUGGAAUACCUUCCAGACCAGAUGGUGGUGGACAUAAGCAGAAACUUUCCUGAGCAACCAGAUAGAAUAGACUUAGUGAAAGGACUUCUGUUUAAUGCCAUUGGCAAAUAUUACAGUAGUAGGGAACCUCUGUUAAAUCACCUAUGCGAUGUUCAUAAUGGAAUUGCAGAGCUCUUAGUGAAUGGGAAGACUGAAAUAGCAUUAGAAGCUACUCAGCUCUUUCUAAAGCUUCUGGAUUCCCAGAACAGAGAAGAGUUUAGAAGACUACUGUACUUCAUGGCUGUUGCAGCACAUCCUUCUGAAUUUAAAUUACAGGAAGAAAGUGACAACCGAAUGGUCGUGAAAAGGAUAUUCUCAAAAGCUGUUGUUGACAAUAAAAAUUUAUCUAAAGGCAAAACUGAUCUUCUGGUACUCUUUUUAAUGGAUCAUCAAAAAGAUGUCUUUAAGAUCCCUGGAACUCUACAUAAAAUUGUCAGUGUUAAGCUCAUGGCCAUUCAGAAGGGAGGAGAUCCAAACACAGGCACAGGAUAUACUUUUUGUGAGAGGAUUGAUCAAAGUGAUUAUUCGGACCAUACACAGAAGACAACCAAGGAUGAGCUAUUGAAUUUAUUAAAAACUAUUGAUAAGGAUCCAAAACUGCCUGCCAAAGAGAAGAAAAAAUUGCUAGGUCAGUUCUAUAAGUGUCAUCCAGACAUCUUUAUUGAGUAUUUUGGAGACUGA